AUGCCACCAACAGAGCGGGUUCGUGCGGCGGAAAGCAAGGAACGGAUCCUGACUUACAUCGAAGUACUGAACUUGAGUUACAGCCAGGUUGGUCCCAUUUUGUCAGAAGUUUGGAAACAACACGGCCCUGAUUUCCAAGCUGCUCUGUCCAAGAGUCAGGUUACCCGUCAGUCUAAGCCCUUUCGUUCUUCCUUUACUGGGCUGAAAGACUCCGAUUCCGAAAUUUGUAUAAGACAACAUUUUCCCAGCGGUCGGUUAUCCAUGGAUUCACCCGCAAUCACUAGCCUCAGCAACCAUGACUCGGUCGCCGAACCUGCGUCCCGUUCAUUCAGUGGUCGCCUCGCGCCGGACACGAAGAAGGCGGCGUGCUUACUCGUGAAGCCAAUUGUGGAGGCCAGCCUUUUUACUGAGGGGAAAAGGAUGACUUUCAUGAAGGAUUAUGGCGAAAAGACGUCGACGAGUCUCGUGUCGGAUUCCGAGUUGGUGAUAAAGAAGAUAGAAGUCGUUAUGUGCGCUUGCAAAAAACCCGCGGCGUUGUUUCGCUGGCUGCUCGUCGCGUUUUUGAUUUUCAGCGUUUCCGGCGUCUCAAUUUUGUCCGACAACCCCAUCCUCUCGUUUUUCUUCAAUCGCCGAGGUCCGCCAGAUCGUGUCAAUUUCGAACAGCGUGAGAGCAUCGGGAACCACUUGUCUUGA